AUGUCUUAUGCACCUUUAAUUAAUCUUGAUGAGUUCUUUGGAAUGCCUGAUAUUGGCCCAGAUCAAUUUCAUCAAUCUAUUAAUGUCAAUGAUGACUUCCUAAGUGAAGAUUUCCCAGAUUUUGAAACCAUAGGUUAUGAGGAGGACUUAGAUAAUCAAAAUUGUCUAGGAUUUCAUAAUUAUAAUAAUAGUGGUGAGUUCCUUAACUAUAUAUAUGGCGAUAGACGAGAUUCUCAUAAUAAGAAGUUUGAUGCUAAUACCGUUAAAGAUUUAAUUGGCUACAAUUCACCUAAUUGGAGAAAAGAAUGUACUUCUACCGACAAUAUAGAUACAUUAGAAAGGUUCAGAGCAUUCAAUGACUUAAUUGGUAUAGAUAAUCAAAUUGAACAAAACGAAUGCAAUAAAGCAUUUGAAUUUGUCUCUAACAUGACAUUUAACACCGAUAAUAUUGAAUCUGACAAGGAUUUUGUUAAACAGGGUCCACAAACAUUGAAAUUUGAUUACGAUAAUAUUAAAAUCAAUCAAAAUGUGGUGCAAUGUAAACUUGUUAAUUUUGCAGCAAACUCAAUUUCGGAAUCAACUUUGAUUCUAAUUUUGAGUAGACUCAACAGAAGGAAAGAAUCGGAAGAAGAACGUAUCUUUUCGGUGAAUAGAACUCGUUAUACUAGAGCUAAUAUUGAGUCGCUUAGCAUUUUGCACCCUAAUGUGCAAUACCAACGGAAUGCACAAUUUAGUAUAGCGAAACCAUAUGAACCCGAAUAUAUACGGGUUCAGAUUAAUCCACUAACUAAUGCUCCAUUUAAUGAAACAAGGUGUGGUCUAUGUCCUUAUUGCCCGAGCCUAAUUUUUAAAAACUUGAAAACCUCGACCUAUGCUCAACAUCUUUCUUUAACUCAUGGAAUCCAGACAGAUAAUUACAUAACACCAAAUCCAUUAUUAUACGGAAGUUAUAAUUUGAAGAAGAACAAUACAAAUAGAAAGACGAGGGCACAUAUUUCAGAAAAAAAUGGUGUAAUUUGUCCAGUAUGCCACGAUAUUGUAGAAACGGAGUGCUCAAAGACGACUGCAACUCAAAAGCCAUUGAAUAAUUACCUUAGACAUUUUAAAGAGAAACACAGAAAAUGCAAAGAGAAGGAAGACCCAGUUAAAUUUUUUUCUAAGACCUCUACAAAUGAGCUGAAAUUAUUAUUAGUGUGA